AUGGUUGCCGGUACGAAAAUGAUAAACGUGAGGGUGACGACUAUGGACGCCGAGCUGGAGUUUGCGAUCCAGCCGGCGACCACCGGAAAGCAGCUUUUUGAUCAAGUAGUGAAGACCAUUGGACUUAGGGAGGUUUGGUUCUUUGGACUUCAAUACACCGAUGUCAAGGGAGAUCUUACCUGGAUCAAACUCUACAAGAAGGUGCUCAAUCAAGAGGUAAAAAAGGAGAACCCACUUCAAUUCAAAUUUCGUGCCAAGUUCUAUCCCGAGGAUGUUUCAGAGGAACUCAUCCAGGACAUCACUCUGCGCCUCUUCUAUCUUCAGGUGAAAAAUGCCAUACUCACAGACGAGAUUUAUUGUCCACCUGAGACUUCCGUGCUUCUUGCCUCGUAUGCAGUGCAAGCUAGAUACAAUGACUACAAUAAGGGAAUCCACACUGCUGGAUUCCUGGCGAACGAUCGUCUGCUUCCGCAGCGUGUCAUGGACCAACAUAAGAUGAGCAAAGAGGAAUGGGAAACCUCGAUUACUAAUUGGUGGCAGGAACAUCGUGGCAUGAUUCGCGAGGAUGCGAUGAUGGAAUAUUUGAAAAUUGCUCAAGAUUUGGAAAUGUACGGAGUGAACUACUUUGAGAUCCGCAACAAAAAGGGAACCGAACUCUGGUUGGGAGUCGACGCUCUUGGCUUGAACAUCUACGAAAAGGACGACAAACUCACGCCGAAAAUCGGUUUUCCCUGGUCCGAGAUUCGAAACAUUUCCUUCAAUGACAGGAAGUUCAUAAUCAAACCGAUUGACAAAAAAGCGCCAGACUUUGUUUUCUUCGCACCCAGGGUCAAGAUCAACAAGAGGAUCCUGGCUCUCUGCAUGGGAAAUCACGAAUUGUAUAUGCGAAGACGCAAACCUGACACGAUCGACGUCCAACAGAUGAAGGCUCAAGCAAAGGAGGAGAAGCUUGCGAGAGAAAGGCAGAGAGAGAAGCUCCAGUUGGAGAUCGCAGCGAGGGAACGUGCUGAGAAGAAGCAGCAGGAAUAUGAGGAGCGGCUGAGGAACAUGGCAGAAGAGAUUCAGAGGCGACAGGCGGAAUUGAGCGAAGCGCAGGAAAUGAUUCGUCGCUUGGAAGAACAACUGAGACAGUUGCAGGCUGCUAAAGAGGAAUUAGAAGAUCGUCAGAAGGAAUUGACAGUCAUGAUGGAGAAAUUAGAGCGUUCUCACGAGAUGGAAGCCGCUGAACGAGCUAAACUUGAACAAGAGAUUAGGGCUAAGCAAGAUGAGGUUCAACGCAUCCAAUCCGAGGUGGAAGCUAAGGACGCGGAAGCCAGAAGGUUACAGGAGGAAGUUGAAUCAGCUAGAUUGAGACAGGAAGAAGCCGACAGGGCAUUCCAAGCAAACGCGACGACACCUCAACAUCAUCACGUUGAGGAGAAUGAAGAGGAAGGUGAGGAGGAAGGUGAAGAUGAAGGAGGACACAGAGAUGUGACAAAGGAACUCGUCACCGACGAGUCGAUAGUCGAUCCAGUCGAGGAACGACGCACUUUAGCAGAAAGGAAUGAACGUCUCCACGAUCAACUUAAGGCAUUGAAGCAAGAUCUGGCCCAGUCGCGAGACGAGACAAAAGAGACAGUGAUGGACAAAAUCCACAGAGAAAACGUUCGCCAGGGUCGUGACAAGUACAAGACGCUGCGCGAGAUUCGCAAGGGAAAUACCAAGCGUCGUGUCGAUCAGUUCGAGAACAUGUAAAUUUUACAUUUGAUCCUUAUCCAACCGCUAAUCUACUUUUAUCUUGUUUACCACCCUCGAGGGCAAUACGUGCAUGCGCAGCAAAUAGAGAAGAGCAGAAAUGUUUAAAGAUAUACAUACAAGAAGAUUGAUUAAGGAGGAUUGGCAAAAUACCAAUCGUCUGCAUGUAUUGUUUUCAAUUUGCGACCGCAUUUAUGGCCUAAACACACUUGACGUGGUUCGCUUUUUUUUAUUGUCUUCCGCAUUUAUCCAGGCACGAGAUCAUAUCCCUGAAAAAAAUGCACUCUCGUCUUUAUCCAUCGAGGAUUUACGCUUCAAUCGCUGUUCUUCUUCGAUUGUGCAUGGUGGGCACGAUCAAUUUCUCCCUCCAUUUUUAUUCUCAUUCUUACUGAUCGAAUGCUCGAAGGUGCGCUAGUAUUCUCGAAAAAGUAUUCUGUCAAUUGCGAACUUUUCUUCACUCUGUCGAGCAAUUUCCACGGCCUAUUGGUUUCUUCUUUUUUGAGACUUCUCUUUUUAACGAAAACAAUUUUAUCAGUCGCUUUUCUAUAUAUAUAUAUAUAUAUAUAUGUACGUAGAAAAGUACAUAAGUAGAUGCAAUCGGGGUGGAUUUUCUGAAACCGAUUGCUACACGCAAGUGAUAUCGAAUAUCAAAAGAGGGGAUUUAUAGAGAACAUUAUAUUGAAACGAGAAAAUCUCUCGUGGUUCUAUUUACAUUUCUAGCACGUUCGGAGUACGAUUUACUAAUUAGUGAUUUUAUAUUGAUCACACUCGUGGCCUUUAUCGAUAUACAUAUAGUACUAGAUACUUAUGUACGAUAGGAAGAAAGAAAGAAAGAACGAAAGAGAGAGUGCGUGUUUUCUUGUGAGAAUGGAAAAGUGGAAAGAAUGUGCGAGAGAAAAUAGAGUGAAUGACAGAUAAUGGCGUAGCGGUUUUGGUACGUCGUAUUAUAUUUUUUAAAAGCGACUUAUAUUUCAAAAGCCCCGAGUAUCCACUCGAGAGAGAGAGAGAGAGGAGAGAGGAGAAAAAAGGUCGAACCACCGAUCACAUUAACGUUUCUAAUGCUGCCAAUUAGUUUCUUUUUGAUGAAAAUACGAGCGACCAUCAAUAUCUGUAUCGAGAGGAAAUGACAUUCGAAUUAGGUCAGGAUUUGGAGAUUGAACGGUAUCCGUCGAUAUUAUAUCAUUACUUAGUAUUAUCAACCACCACUCGUUACAAUCGUGAACAAGGAAUUCAAAACAUUAUCAGAGGAAAUAACGAUAGAUAUUUUUUGAUUAUAUUUAAUAGUAAUAUUUACAAAUUAGUAGUCUUAUUAUUAUAUUAUUAAUUAAUUAUUAUUAUAUUAAUGUUUACAGUUUAGUAGUGUUAUAUUGAUAUAUUAAUUAAUUGUCAACUAUGGUCGUUCAGCUUCUACACUUGAAGGUAGAUCAGAAGGACCAUCCUCAAUCGACUAACUUUUUUUUUUUAUUUUAGAAACUUUUCACUGUUCCGCAACGUUUUUUAACCGUUUUUUUUUUCGUUUUCUACCGCCGUCUUUACUUAAAAGUUGAAACAGUUAUUGUCAAAACAUUCCAGACGAACUCUGAGAACUACGAAUUGUAUACUUUGCUAAUUUUACAAAAAGAAAUUUUCUUGUUUUUUUUUUGUAAAAAAUAGAAUGGUAUCGGAAGCAAACAUGAAAUUUGAUACAACUUUUUUUCUGAAACGGUACUUAACACACAGUCUCAUCGAAUUAACUGGUUACAUGCGUCCGAAUGAAAAACCGUCUACCUAGAGUUUAAUAGCGUAGAAUCUAUAAAUUGCAAUGCAAUAUCGUACUACGUGUAAAUAAAUAUUAAUCGAACGCCUAACAUUUUUCGCACGAAUGUGAGUCGUUUCACGACGAUUCACGAAAUUUAUAGAAGCAAUAUUUUAUACCGCUUUUCGUUGAGGAAUUUUGUAAUUUGGAAUGCCGGAGAAAAAAGGGGAAAAGAACUUUUUUUUAUUGGUGAUUGGAAUUAAAAUAUCGAGAGAAUUUGAUAUUUUGUGAGGCCAUAAACAGUAAAUGGAGCUUCUCCGAGUUUUUCUUUUCUUCAAUGUUUUUAUUGUCGUUGCUAUAAUCCCUCGCGUAAGAUAGUGUUAUUAUUGUUGACACCAAAACUCACGCGUGGUUCGAGACGAAGACAGGUAGAUAUUGUAUAUUAAAGAAAAAUGUUGGUGCGAGGACAUAUGAAUGUACUUUGCUGGAAAGGCUAGAGAUUGUUUAAAUAAUAAAAAUCAUUACCGUAUA